AUGGAUCGGAGGCACCCUAGUUCAUUCCAACAGCUGGAAAAGCUGGGUGAGGGAACCUACGCCACCGUCUACAAGGGGCGAAACCGACAGACGGGUGAACUCGUUGCCCUCAAAGAAAUCCACCUUGACUCCGAAGAAGGCACGCCGUCGACAGCGAUCCGAGAAAUCAGUUUGAUGAAGGAGCUCAAACAUGAAAACAUUGUCACGCUGCACGACGUCAUACACACCGAGAACAAGCUCAUGCUGGUCUUCGAAUAUAUGGACAAGGACCUGAAAAAGUAUAUGGACGCGCGAGGGGAUAGGGGCCAACUCGACCAUGUCACCAUCAAGAGAUUCAUGCAAGAUCUACUCCGAGGCACUGCAUUCUGCCACGAGAACCGAGUCCUACAUCGCGACCUGAAGCCCCAAAACCUGUUGAUAAACACGAAAGGCCAAUUGAAGCUGGCGGAUUUCGGCCUGGCAAGAGCAUUUGGAAUCCCAGUGAAUACCUUUUCCAAUGAGGUGGUCACACUGUGGUACAGAGCACCAGACGUGCUUUUGGGGUCGAGGACUUAUAACACGAGCAUCGACAUCUGGUCUGCGGGCUGCAUCAUGGCCGAGAUGUACACUGGCCGACCUUUGUUUCCAGGGACGACGAAUGAGGACCAACUACAAAAGAUAUUCAGGCUGAUGGGCACGCCGUCAGAGCGCACCUGGCCUGGCAUCUCCCAGCUCCCCGAGUACAAGAGCAACUUUCCAUCUUACGCCACGCAAUCGUUGGCAAUUCUCUUGCCGCAGAUUGAUCAGUUAGGCCUUGAUCUGCUGGGGAAGUUGCUGCAGCUCAGACCAGAGAAUAGAAUCAGCGCACAAGACGCCCUCAGGCAUCCGUGGUUUUCGGAUCUGCCAAACUACGCCGGACACGUCAAGCUCUCCGACGAGAGUUUCGAAACCUACAACCUCGAUCCUCCCUCAUACACACUUGACACCACGAAAAAGGAGCUGAAACAGAUGUACUAUGACAUGGUGGCAAUACGUCGUAUGGAAAUGGCGGCCGAUAGACUGUACAAGGAGAAGAAGAUUCGAGGAUUCUGCCACUUGUCCACCGGUCAGGAAGCCGUUGCUGUGGGUAUCGAACACGCAAUCACCCGCCAGGAUGCUAUCAUCACGGCCUACCGAUGCCACGGCUUUGCGCUCAUGCGUGGUGGCACCGUCAAAUCCAUCAUUGGUGAACUCCUCGGGCGACGAGAGGGCAUCGCCUAUGGGAAAGGAGGUUCGAUGCACAUGUUCGCUCCAAAUUUCUACGGCGGUAAUGGAAUUGUUGGAGCCCAAGUCCCUGUUGGUGCUGGUAUCGCCUUUGCGCACCAGUACACUGGCAGUAAGACCGCUACCAUCACUCUAUACGGAGACGGCGCUUCCAACCAGGGUCAAGUCUUUGAGGCUUUCAACAUGGCCAAGCUGUGGAACCUUCCCGUUUUGUUUGGCUGCGAGAACAACAAAUACGGUAUGGGUACCUCGGCUGCUCGAUCGUCCGCUUUGACCGAGUACUACAAGCGAGGACAAUACAUCCCUGGUCUGAAGAUUAAUGCAAUGGACGUUCUCGCCGUCAAGGCCGCCGUUCAGUACGGCAAGGAAUACACCGCCAGUGACAAGGGACCAUUGGUGUUCGAAUAUGUCACGUACCGAUAUGGUGGCCAUUCCAUGUCAGACCCCGGUACAACCUACCGAACCAGAGAGGAAAUUCAACGGAUGCGAUCAACCAAUGACCCCAUUGCAGGGCUCAAGCAGAAGAUCCUGGACUGGGGAGUGUGCACAGAAGAUGAGCUCAAGCAGAUUGACAAAAAGGCGCGAGAGGACGUUGAUGUAGAGGUUGCGGAGGCCGAAAAGAUGCCACCUCCAGACCCGACGGAAAAGAUUCUUUUCGAGGAUAUCUACGUCCGUGGAAGCGAGCCAGCUUACAUUCGUGGUCGCACACCCGAUGAGACAUACUACUACUGA